GAGUGUCGGCGUCUGAAGCACAGGGCAAGAGUUCACCGGUCCGUCGCUCGCUCGGGGAGUUUCUCUCAGUUUGGUGAUAGCUGGCGAAGUUUAGAGGCUAAAAAACCAAACACAUGACAGCUGAGAAGGAGUCUCCGUCCGCAACAUAACUUCAGCCUGACUCAUGGACACAAGUUAAGACCGUGAACUGCGCUGGAUGCGUUCAGCCGGUGUGGCGUGUUUACUGGCUUCACGGACAGCAACGACGAUGCCCUUCUAAACGGGGGGGGGGAGGGAAGUAACGUUACUGUGGGGUUGUUUGAGAGGCCCGAGACAUGACGUCCAUUGGAGCCGAUAGCUGACACUGUAGAAUGAGAGAGGAUGGAGCAGACAGACAGCCCUGCCCCUGCGAGCAACAACCCUAAUGGGUUUGUCAACCGAGUGUUUAAUGUUUCUCUGGAUGUGGAGAAUGAGACCGGCAGUGUUUAUAUUCAGGAGACCGGGCCAGGGCCUGCAGAGGGCCAGGGAGAGACCCAGGCUGCCUCUUCUCAGACCCCUGUCAAGGAGAGACAGGAGGUCAACCGGAGGCCCCGUGCCACGGGGGGCAUCUGGAGGAUCUUGCACCGAAAGAGAGCCGUGUCAGAGCUGGAGCGCAGACCCCACUCCAUGAUCCUGCCCGGGGAGGCUUCCAUCCCCAAGCUCUCGUUUGCCGACAAAGUUCGCUCCUUCAAGAAGCUGAAAUCCCCCUCUGUGUUCAGAGGGAAGACGGGGAAAUUGUCCACCGCCAAGUUCGGCAGCUCCUGGGUGGAUGAGGAGUCUUUCUGCCGGGACAUCGGCACUCCUCAGCAGUCCAGCAGGGGCCCGCUCAGACACCGCGGCAAGAGGCACUCCUACGCCGGCCACACAGCAGAGUUCGACUGCUCGUUCGAGGACAUCGACCUCACGGCUCCAGCAGACGGCCACCAGCCCGCUGUGAUGGGAGAGGCUGUGACUCAGAACGGUUGCAAACUGUCAGACAGAGUUUGCUAUACCAAGAGAAGCCACGGAAAUUCAAACAACUGCAACAAAACGGAGGCAGGCUGCGAUGAGCCGAGCGUUAAAGGUAGCCCGAGCACCCACCACGGUAGAGGGAGGAGGCACAAAGACGUGUGGAGUUACCUGAGGCGGAUUUCCCUUUUGGGGAAGGCCAAUCCGGUCUACUCAGAGCGGAGCUUUGACUCUGAGCUUCCCUCUUUGGACAAGACCAUGGACUCAGACUACGGGUCUGUGGACUUUGAGAGUGUCAGAGACUUUCAGCCACCGCCCCCAAAACACUCUGACACCAAGGGGCACUUUGGUGGUCUGUUCAAGUUUUUCAACAGUGUCGCAGACACGGCCAGAAAGUGGCGGACGACAUCGCACUCCUUCUCUCCUCCAGAGGGAGAAAGGACACCGGUGGGCUCUCCACGGGCCCCGCAGCCGUCAGUGGACAGCAUCCACAGUGUGUCCCUCACACUCCACAGUGAAGGACUUCCAAAGUCCCAGCCGAUGCCGUCAUCACCGGUGACCGCUAAAUCCUCACACUCAGGCAGCCUCGACAGCGAGGCUCCAGCACCUGUGACAGGUGGACGAUCCCCUAAGGUGGUCCUAAAGGCCUUCAGGGCAUGCCCAGGAGCUCGAGCUGUCAAUGGCCUUCAGGGUUCUGAGGGCUCAGACAAACAUGUAGACAGAGAGACAAACCACAGGUCCACGGCCAUAGUAGAGAAUCAUAUCCCCCGGUCAGGUCCGACCACAGAGACUAAAGAAGAAGCAGAGGUUGAAAGUGAUCCAUUAAGCUGUCUCUGUCAGGAGGAACAGGUAGCAGGGCAGACAGGAAAUGAGCAGGAUUCCAGGGAUGCUCCACCGUUCACCCGCCAGAUACAGGAAGUGAAUUUCCAAUCACAACAAGGUGAUGAAGAGAGCACAACCAAUAGUGUGCCCGCAUCAGAUUCCACAGAGGAAAUAUUCAAGCUGUGUGAGCAGAUUGCCAGCCAGACAGGCUGCGGUGUGAGACAGCUGUGCCCAGCCGGGCCCGACUCGAGCACAGAGAAGGCCUCUGUGCCCCACAAGCCGCCGCCAAAUCGUCCUCGCCCGGCCUCAGCCGCACUGGACCCGUGGAGGCCCGACCCGGACCGAGAUCUCUGCGACCACUACGGCGAGGUCGGCUCGCUGUGCCGGCGGAGACGCAGGCCUGUUCCCGCCACGCAGCGCUCUCGGACGGCCGCUCGCUCCAGGCCCUGCUCCGUCAUAGAGACCAGUGUUACUAGGGAGACGCAGUCCACGGAGCUGCACCACAGAGCCUUGUCUCGCCCCCCGGGUGUGUCCCCGCUAGAGCCCCCACUAAGGGCUUCUCUCCUGCGGUGCCGCUCCCUGCCGCUACCCCCCAGCACUCUCACUGCCUUGGCGCUGCUCCUUCCUCACUCAGACGUGGGUCAGACGUCAUCGUCGGUGCGCCUGCGGUCAGGAGGCUCCGGCAGCUGCAGGAGGAGGAGGCUGCUGAGACCCGGUUCGGAACCACUGCAGGUCAACAUUUUGAUAAGUGGAGGUUCAAUCGUCAACGCUGAGGCGGUAUGGGACCAUGUGACCAUGGCGGACCGGGAGUUGGCGUUUAAGGCCGGUGACGUCAUCAAGGUGCUGGACGCCUCCAACAAGGACUGGUGGUGGGGCCAGAUUGACGAGGAGGAAGGAUGGUUCCCCGCCAGCUUCGUACGGGUGGAACCCCACCCUCCUCAGCCCCAAACAAAACAGGUUUUCUAUAUCAACCCCAUAGCAACUCCACGGUUCCAAAACACCACGUCAAAGCUGUGGGUAAACCAGGAGGACGUGGGAGGGGAGCCAGCCGAGGGGACCAGCGAGGUGCAGAACGGGCACCUGGACCCGACCAAUGACUGCCUGUGUCUGGGCUCGCCCCUCCAGAACCGAGACCAGAUGAGAGCCAACGUCAUCAACGAGAUCAUGAGCACGGAGAGACACUACAUCAAACACCUCAAGGACAUCUGUGAGGGCUACCUGCGCCAGUGCAGGAAGCGCGUGGACAUGUUCAACGAUGACCAACUGAGGGUCAUCUUUGGGAACAUCGAGGACAUCUUCCGCUUCCAGAUGGGCUUCGUUAGAGACUUGGAGAAACAGUACAACACAGACGACCCCCACCUCUCUGAAAUCGGACCGUGCUUUUUAGAACACCAAGAUGGUUUUUGGAUCUACUCAGAAUACUGUAACAACCACUUGGAUGCCUGUAUGGAGCUGAGCAAGCUGAUGAGGGACGGCAGGUACCAGCACUUCUUCGAGGCCUGUCGCCUCCUCCAGCAAAUGAUUGACAUUGCCAUAGACGGCUUCUUGCUCACCCCUGUCCAGAAAAUCUGCAAAUAUCCACUCCAAUUGGCUGAGCUUCUCAAAUACACGGCGCUGGAGCACAGUGAUUAUCGAUACGUGGCAGCAGCACUGGCAGUAAUGCGGAACGUCACUCAGCAGAUAAACGAGAGGAAGAGGAGGCUGGAGAACAUCGACAAGAUCGCCCAGUGGCAAGCCUCUGUUCUGGACUGGGAGGGCGAUGAUAUCUUGGACAGGAGCUCGGAGCUCAUCUACACUGGGGAGUUGUCAUGGAUCUAUCAGCCCUAUGGACGCAGCCAGCAGCGAGUCUUCUUCCUCUUUGAUCACCAGCUGGUUCUCUGUAAGAAGGAUCUGAUACGCCGGGACAUCCUGUACUAUAAGGGCCGCAUCGACAUGGACCGCUACGAUGUGCGGGACGCCAUUGACGGGCGUGACGACGACUUCAACGUCAGCGUGAAGAACGCCUUCAAAUUGUGCAACAAAGACAGCGAGGAGAUCCACAUCUUCCUGGCCAAGAAGCCGGAGGAGAAGAUCCGCUGGCUCAGGGCCUUCCACGAGGAGAGGAAGAUGGUGCAGGAGGAUGAGAAAAUCGGUUUCGAGAUCUCUGAGUACCAGAAGCGCCAGGCGGCCAUGACGGUGAGAAAGGUGACCAAACAGAAAGGUGUAAACAGGUGCACGCCCCCCUCAUACCCGCCCCCCCAGGACCCCCUAAGUGCGGGGCAGUAUGAGGUAACGGAGGACAUGGCACAAGGAGAGGUUUUUGAAUUCAGUCAAUCCAAAAGAGGCCAGGCUCCUUUCUGGCAUAAUUUUAGUAGAUUAGCUCCAUUUAAGAAAUAGAGACACACAGACUCUUCUGAAGGACCAGCUAUUUUUCUUAGAAGCACUAAACACUGGAUGAUCAUGUCCCAUGAUGAAGAAAAAUACGAAAAACACACACACACACACACACACACACACACACAAGAGACUUUUGAAAAUAUGGACCAUUGUUAAUAUAGCGUGUGACUGGAAGCAGCAAGAGGACAGAAGACUUGGAUUUAAAACGUUGAGAAAAAUGACAAAACAUUACAAUUCAUAUACGUCAGUAACGUUCUUAGUUAUCACGCUUCUCCAGCUGAGUCGCCUGUCAUGAACUCUUUCCACCCCCCCCCCUCCCCCCCCCCUGGAUUCUGCAUCUUCACGCCAUCUGAAUGUCCCAGAGUUGUUUAGGUUGUCACAUCAAUCCAUUUUCAGUCCAUCGUCUGGAGAAAAACACGAGGCCAGGACGGGGCAUUCCUAGUGGUGUGAGUGUGUCGACCUCGACAAGGUCGCUUGUUGCAUUCUUCUGAGUGCGAGAGUGAAUAAUGCGAUGGGCACCGUGGCGUCUGAAGGGACCCCGUGAAGCUCGGCCGUCGGCAUCAUCUCCGAGUUAGAUCCAUCUUUCCACUGAUCACAGACCAGCCAGGCCGUCUCUGCUCAGCCACACAUGCCUGCGUCUGGAUCUCCUCCUCACUCUCAACACUCCAUUGUUCCUCUCUCUAGCUGCUCGCAUACAGUAGCCCCCCCCCCCCCCUCACCAAGUCUGACGUUUUACGGUGUCUCCCUCGCUCUCCCCAUCCAUCCCUUGUCCUCUCUAUCUCUCUACCCACCUGCUCAGCCCGCCCGUGUGUGAGUCACCGGCUCUCGGAGGGAGAGCUUCACUCUUUUGGAAACCUGCCAUUGGCCAUGAUAUGAUGGGUCAGGGAACAAAUCAAUAGUUGGAACAUCAAUAGAAUGUUUUGCAUCCUUUCACCAACCACUUUUGACAGGGUAUUCAUAACCGUUCAUGCCGACAAUUUCGACGAGAGAGCUUUUGCCGCUCAGAUGAAACAGCUGGGAGCAGGAGAUAGGCAGGCUGCGGUCCACCUGCCUUGUGUCAAAGCCCCCUCCCAUCCCUCCACCCUCCCCACUCUCCUCCAGAGACCACCCCUGUAGCACUGUGCUGGCAGCUCACUGGGUGUUUGGAAAGAGAACAGCCGACCUCCGGAAAUCCACCGAGAGGUCUAAAAGUGAAGUUGAAGCAUUGGCCAAGGUCUAAACUAGCAUCUCUUUUUCACGUCAGCUGUCAAAAGAAAGACUUGCUUUCGUUUGGCUUCAUUAUUUUUCUCAGUGUUGCUCACACUGUAAAAAGCACAGCACACAUUCAGUCCGAGGAGCGCUCCCUCCUCCAGUUUAAAGUAGGACCGACGCUAAUGCGCCGCAGUGUGAGAAUUUCGGAACAGGCCCUUAACCAGCACAAGGGGAAAUGGUCAAAAAAAUACAUAUGUAUAAAAUGAACAGGACAACUGUAGCGGUUGGUUGUGAGUCAGCACUGAAAGGACGUACACUGCAGAAGUGUGAGCCAUCACCGUAGGGAGGCGGAAAGGUGAAUUUAAUCUGUAGCAUCGUGCAGGUGUCCUCUGACAGAUUCAUGCAUCUCUACAGGCUGCAGCUUCAAAUCUUGGCACUCCUCCCCGUUGUUUUUUCCAGAUCCGAUCCAUGUUCUGGCAGUUAGCUCGGCACUGUUGAGUGAUUUACACGGGACUGUGGCGCGAUCAGAUUGUUGUGUUUAAUCAACAAUGUCGCCGAAAGCUGCUGCGGGCGACAUCCCGCCAUACAGUAUGCGACUGACAGAGAGGUGUUAGGAACGAGAGGAUUCCCAACACAGUCCACACACAUCAUGAAGGUAUAUGCUUUUCUACAGUGGGAAUGUAAGCGACACACGAGGCCAUGGUUUGUGUGAUCAUAUUUUGACCUCGGAUACAGAAGUACAUUUUUGUGUUGAAUUAUAUCACCUGAUGGACAGUACAUAUACAGUAUGACAACUUGUGCAAUGUGAUAUAUCAUUAUAUAUAUCUUCACUAUCCACUACAACGUGAUAUGAAAGAGUUAUAUAUCGUUCUAUGUCAUUUGUUUGCCUGCUUAUAGGCCUUAUAACCUAUUGGGGAGAAAAAAAAGAAGAAAAAAAAAGAGACCUUAGAAUUGCUUUUUAUGUUGUGUAAUUUAUGUUUUUGUUUCAGUAAAGACGGUUGAGAAAUGCGUGAGUUGGCUGCUGGUGUCUGUAGAGAGAUGGCUCCCAGUGAGAUUGUUUUGGAAGAUAAUUCCCUGGUCUGGCACAGCAAAAAGAUAUGGUUCCCAGGCCAUGAUAACCUCAGGUCCCGUGCUACACCCCCCUACCCCUCCCUCACCUCCCCCAUUCCCCUAUACUCCACACCACCACCAACCAACAUACAGACACAAGCAUGCACCCAAACACACACACACACACACACACACACACACCAUCAUGCGCACUUGCUGGCCCGUUCUGCUGCGGAGAAGAGAGAUGCUAUCUAACAGUGCCUUCCAGCAUUCCACUAGUGAUUAUCUAUUCAGUUUCACAGGCAGAUUUGAAUUAGUCAUGUAUUUUCCCUUCAGUGUGGGACUUGCAUCUCUCUCUCUCUCCCUCUAUUUCUCUCUCUCUCUCUCCCUCUCCCUCUCCCUCUCUCUCUCUCUCUCUCUCUCACACAUACACUUUGGGAAUUCCUCGUUCCCCAGUGCAUGAAAUCCACUCGGACAGAAACUUAGAGGUCAGGCCUUUUCCAUAUGAGUAGAUACUGUGCCGUCUGACUGAAACACACCUUAUGAUGUUACACCACACGUCCACAGCGCUAACUUUAUUGCACAAAAAGAGGUUCAUUCUAAUUUCAGACGUUUAGAAACUACAUAGGAUUCCUUAAUUGUUAUAUUUAACAUCCUGACAGAUGGUUUCAUUUGAAUAUAUAGUAGGAAAGCAGCUUUUCAUUAGUCAAGUUAGGUUUCACUUUUCAAAGUAUAUUAUUAGCAGUGCGUUAUGAAUCAAAAGAAGAAUCAUCUAUUUUACCUUUAUCAGCUACACACUGUAAAUAGUGUAAAAAGAACAGAUCAUAUAUUUGGAUAUUGGUAUUUUGCGUUGGAGACGAAUGUUGUUCCAGUUCUAGCGUGCGGUAGACCUCAGUACCAGGUAAAUGCAUGCUCGUGGCAUCCAAUAUUUUGCAUGAGACUUCAGACAACUCUUGACAGAUUGUUUAGUUUCAUUUAACUUCCAAUGGGAUUUCUUUUUUUCCCCACCGCGGAACCAUUCAUUUGUGAACCCAUGCCAUCUCACUAAGGGGAGUUCUUUUCUCCGUCCACCUGUCUCCUGCUCACGACACAUUACAGGUUGUAGCUUCUGUUUUUAUUUAUUAGGUAGAGAGGGGAUACAUCGUUCCCUCAUGCUGAAUCAAAGACUGAACUGUUGAUGGGUGAAAUUAAAGGCACUAAUGUUCUCUUUGCCCAGAUGUAUUGGGUCCUAUAAACUGUAAACUUAUUCUGAAGUCUUUAUUUACUCUUUUCUUUGACUCCAAUCUGCACUGUCAUGGUCCAAACUGCUGGUUAUUUUUUUUGGGGAAUUCCAUUAACCGCUGAGGAAAAACGGGUAUCAUUUUUCUAUGACAACAGUGAACCAAAUAGGAGUUAGCACUGAUCAUGGGUGUUUGUGUAUAGAUUUGUAGUCAAGCAGACGAGCUGAAUAAAUGCGAAACCUCUCGGGAUGAGCUAAAAAUAGACAUAAUCCUGAAGAUGCACACACACACACACACAUAUACAGUACUUCAUUGCAAUUCAUGUCAUGCUCUUGUUUCUACUUAAGAAAUGAUUCUUUAAAGUGCAAUGACUUGACAGUACAAAUUAAUUCCUCACUUGUAUUUAUUGAAUGCAGUAUUAAUUAAAUAGAACCAUUUUGGCCACAUUGUUCAAAAGGAUGUAUACAUUAUUUUUUAUUAUAUAAUUAUCAUUCUGACCUUGUGCUGAGAACUUAGAGGACAGCUCUCUGUGUGGAAGAUUUCUUCUUUUUUUUUUUUCUUUCUAUUUCCUGUCAUAAAACCAAGACAGCCAACUUAGCAGACUGUCAGUCGGACGCAUCAGAGGCUGCUCAGAUGAACGUAGUUCCUUGUAGUCCAGGCUGCGCGUGAGCCACUCACACUUAGCAUCGCGACAUCUUCAGUAGGAACUCCUCGCUGUGUUGUUUCAGAUUAGUCAGGGUACAAACAAAGAGUCUUCAAUGAGCCAUAUGUCGAUGUGGUGUUCACUGACAACAAGGUAAACAGAGGACUGACAUUCCACCUUUGAAAUCUAUUCAUUGUAUAUUACCAUCUAGUUUUAAGGUCUGGAUUUUUUGCCUCACACAGAACAAUUUACUCACAGUAUCCAUAUCCUUUGUCACCAUAUGCAAACAUUUUGUCAUUUUCUUUCUCGCUGGCCUUUUGAGUUUGAUUAUUUGUUGUAGAAAUGAAAAACCUGAAAAAUAAUGCCUAUUCAAUCCAGAAACUGUGAAUGGGAGAGUGGAGAUGUCAACUGUAUGUACAUUCUAUGUUUUGAUGUAAUCAGAAGCACUGGGAAUAUGUUGUACUUCGCUGUAAAAAUAAAUCCAUAUCUGAUAUAGCUGUACUUUUGUUGAAAAUAAAACCUCUACAGAA